UCGAAUAUUGACGCCGCGUGUGCGACAAGGAACAAGUCAGAGUUAAAGACAGUCGUGGCGUUAGGUUCUGAUUGCAUCCCUCUACAAAAAUAGUAUAUAUUCAAACACAUAUUUAUAAAAUUAAUUUAUAUAGCGAGUGGAUUUGCAAAAAAAAAUUAAGAAGGGGUUAUGGCUGCAACGAAGGAUGAUGAUCUGAAGGGUACCUCCAACGGCGACAUCCACCUGGGCAAGAAGGCUGCAAACGGCAACGAUGUGUCGAGUAGCGACGACAAUGUAUCGAGUGAGAGCCGGAAGCCGGCGGGAAAGGUGAACAAGCUCAGGGGCUGUAUCAUGGGGAAUCUGCUGGUCAUUCUAACCGUGACCGGGGUUAUCAUCGGCGUGGUGAUCGGCCUGUCGGUGCGAAGCCUCGGGCUCAACGAGAUCCAGAUCAUCUAUUUCUCCUUCCCCGGCGAGCUGCUGAUACGGCUGCUCAAAAUGAUCAUUAUCCCGCUUGUGGUCUGCAGCCUGGUGUCGGGUGCCGCCAGUCUAGACACGAAAGCCCUGGGCAAGUUGGGAGGCUGGGCGAUGCUGUUCUUCUCCCUCACCACGCUGCUGGCCUCGGCCAUCGGAGUGAUUAUGGCUUUUAUCAUCAAACCCGGAGAAGGCGCCGAGGCCAAGCCCCAGCUCCCAGGGAUGGAAGAAGCACUCCCGGAGCCCAAGGAAGUCACCGAUUCCUUUCUGGAUUUAGUAAGGAACAUCUUCCCAUCUAACCUUGUCUCGGCAGCGUUUAUAUCGUAUGCUACAAGCUACAAGACCAUAAAACUUCCGAAGAAUAUUACUGACGAGUUAGGAAACAUUAACAAGACCAUUGAAGAAAUAAAGAUUCCUGUUCCAACUAAUGUAGAUGGAAUGAACAUACUGGGACUGGUUGUCUUUGCCAUUGUCUUUGGGAUAGCCCUGCGGAGACUCGGGGCAGAGGGGGAGAACCUGAUCCAUUUCUUCAGCUCCUUCAACGAGGCCACCAUGAUCCUGGUAUCAUGGAUCAUGUGGUACGCACCUUUUGGUAUCAUGUUCCUGGUUGCAGGCAAGAUUGUGGAGAUGGAAAAUGUCCUGCUGCUGUUCACCAGCCUCGGGAAAUACAUCUGCUGCUGCGUCGUGGGGCACGUGAUUCACGGGUUAAUCAUACUGCCUGUGAUCUAUUUCAUCUUCACUCGUAAGAAUCCGUACACCUUCCUGUGGGGCAUCUUCACAGCCCUGGCCACUGCCUUUGGAACUGCAUCCAGUUCUGCCACAUUGCCCCUCAUGAUGAAGUGCGUGGAGGAAAAUAACGGUGUGAGCAAGCAGAUCAGCCGGUUUAUUCUGCCCAUUGGCGCUACGGUGAACAUGGAUGGUGCUGCCCUCUUCCAAUGUGUUGCCGCAGUGUUUAUAGCCCAGCUCAACAACGUUGCUCUUGACUUUGUGCAGAUCAUCACCAUACUAGUAACUGCCACCGCGUCGAGUGUGGGGGCUGCCGGCAUUCCCGCAGGAGGUGUCCUGACGCUCGCCAUCAUCUUGGAGGCUGUGGGAUUGCCCACGAGUGAGAUCUCACUGAUCCUUGCUGUCGAUUGGCUAGUAGAUCGUACCUGCACAGUUCUCAACGUGGAAGGUGAUGCAUUCGGAGCUGGUCUCCUGCAAUUUUACGCUGACAAGGAGAAAACCAAAGAGUGCCAGGCAGAGGAGCUCAAGGAGGUGAAAACGGAAGCAGUGUCAGCAGCGAAGUCAGAUGAGGAAGGGGCACCCCUCAUCAAGAAGGAUGUGAAGGUGUCCCUUGAAGGCUGCAAGAGCUCUCUGGAGAAGGAAUCGGUGAUGUGAAGCUUCGCUGUGUGGAUAAGAGUUUCUGAAACCUGGACAAAUACUUGAGGACAGUGGAUUCUUCUGACUACAUGCACACCCACCCCCACUAAAACUCAGAUGUGAAGUGGGUGAAUAAGGGUUUUGAGAACCCAGUGAUAGUAUACAACAUUAUCUCCCCUUCGCUGCUCCUCCCUCUCCCUCACCCACAGAAACCAUUCUCACUUGAGGCUCCCAAACUUCCACAGAUGCCACUGGGGAUUCUGCUAAUGAAUCUAACUUGGCAUCUCUUCGCGCGCACACAAAUAGACUUAAGGAAAACAGCUUUAAUCUUUCUUCUCCAAGAAACCAAAGCAGAGUGCACUAGUGUGUCUAGUAGGCCUGUAGUAUGUAGAAGCUGCCAUAAGAUGGUUGCCAGUUUUAUAUCCUAGUUUUCCUGAGACCUCUCUUCAUGUAGUAUGUGUCACCACAGCUGUGAAGAACUCAUUGGUGGUGAAGAGAGUGGUAGGGCAGGGCAGUGAGAAGGGCCAGGCUUAAUAUACUUAAUAGCUGGAACAAGCAAAAGCUGAUACUACUGGAAAUACUCAGCGGGUCAGUCAUCAUCUGUGGAUGGAGAAACAGAAUUAAUAUUUCAGGUGACGACCGUUCAUCAGAAAUGUUAAUCCAUCUCUCCACAGGUGCUGGCUGACCUGAUUUUUCUUUUCGCACAGCAGUUUCUGAUUUUUAUCUCAGAUUUCUAGUACCUGCAGUAUUUUUCAUUUUCUAGAACUCAGAGCAGUCUGUCUCUACUCUUUUAAGUCAGGGUUUUUACCGUUGGUGGUAAAAAUACCAUAUUUUGAACUGUCUCUCACUAAAUCACUUUUGGAUGUAGUGGGCAAGUGGACAGUUUAUUGGCUGUGGAUAUCACCAACCAAGGGACCUUUCUGCUCCCUACCUAGAGUGCAGCUUGAUAUAAGCUUCUGAGAUUGGGUAGCAGCCUUCACUUGACCUGGCUGUGGGGUCAAAUCCCUCUUCUGACACUGAAGCACAAACUCCUGGUUGAGAUCGCAGUGUAGUAUUGACAAGAGUACAAUGCUAAAUCACAUUCACUAAUGGCUUAGGCGCAUUUGGCUAUUUGGCCCAUCAAGUCCAUGCCAGCUCUCGAGGCAAUAUCAUUUCCCCACUUAUUUCCCUAUCUGAGAUUCCGUCUUUCAGAUCUGAGAGCUCUGGUGGACCUUUUGGGUGGACAUCUUGGGGCAACAUUUCAAAGAAGACCAGAAUCCUGACUGAUCACCCCACGUCACACAAAUUAUCCCUUUAUUAACCCCAUAUGUUUGGACCUGUGCAAUGAAAUUGGUUAAGAAUGUUGCUUUCUGUUUUAAAAGUCCCUUGGACUUAAGGAGCUGAGAAAACUGCUGGACUGUCUGGAAAAACUAGGAGCUAAGGACAUUGUAGCAAGCAAGACUAAGGAAUCAAGCAAAUCAAUGAGAUUUUUAAUUUUUAACUCCUUCAUUUUCAUUGAACAGUUUGGCUUCCCAGUUAUAAAGAUAAUGGGAGAUCAGGGAAGAGGAACAGCUAGCACUAGGAAGUCCUCUGAGGUCCAGUAGCACAGCUAUCAGAGCUGCUGCCUCACAGCUCCACAGUGAUCCUGGUUCAAUCCUGCCUUGCAGCGCUGUCUGUGUGGAGUUUGAACAUCCUCCCUGUGACCAUAUGGGUUUCCCCAGGACGCUCCAGUUUCCUCCCACAUCCCAAAGACAUGCGGGUUAGUAGGUUAAUUGGCCGCUGUAAAUUGCCUCUAGUGUUUAGGUGAGUGGUAGAAUCUAGGGGGAAUUGAUGGGAAAGUGGGGAGAAUAAAAUGACAUUAAUGUAAAUGGGUGAUUGAAAAACUGACCAGAUUUCUCAGGCAGAAGCUCCAAACCUUUCUCUUGAGGAGAAAAGAUAAACUAACAUGACAGAUAAAUGGUGGAUACUCAAGAGAUGGUCUGACAUCUGAAGGGGAAGGGUUUUUCAUCGCAUUGAGGACUAUUAACCCUUCCUGUUCAAAAGCUGACUGACGUGCAUUUUCUAUUUUUAUUUUGGGGUGGGGGGGGGGUGAAAGGUACCAACACUUCUUUUCCACUCACCCUCUCCCUCAUACACUGCCCCAGUUUCCAGAAUCUCCAGUAAUUCCUCGUUUGGACUUUUAAGAUCCUAAUGAUCCAGGUGUCAGGUAUUUUCCCCACAUUUCGAGGAAAAAAAGGCUUGAGCCAUUUUGUAGCCUCGUUCCUCUUUCAGCGGAAUCCAGUAGGGAAAGACAAAAAUUGAGAAGUAUUUACCAAGGAAAUUUUAAUAUUGUAACAGAAGAGUAAGUUUGGCCUGUCUGGGCAGGCAGGUUAGUGUUGUGUACACUGUAGAACUACUAAGGAUUCACUUUAACUCGUAAUUAUAUUAUAAGAAAAUAAAAUCAAGGUUACCAAAUUGAUUUCUUGGGUUGAAAACAGACUGGUUUAUAUUCCCAAACCCAGGGGGAGUUUCCAUUUGGCAUGUGCCAACUUUUUGGGCUACCAUCUACUUUCCCUUUAGCUCUACAGUUUAUUCCCUUUUUUGAGUUUUGAUUGGAUUCCUUCAAAUAAGUCUGCAGUGAGCUUUUCAAACUGCGUAACACUGGAAUCCACUACUGGCAGUGUCAGUGUAUAACACUGCUGUACUGAUAGGUUUGUCUGUCACUAUAUUAUGUUGGUGUAUAAUACUGGUGGGUCCCUGUCUGCCACUGUCUAACACUAGACUGCAGUAUGAUGGGUACAGAUCUGUCACUAUGUAUGUAGAAUUUGGUACUGGGAAUGUGAAUCAUUAAGUGUAUAACACUGGGUCAUAACACUGGUGGUUAUGAGUCUGUUGCUGUAUGACACAUGGGUACAGAUCUGGUUGGUGUAGGUCUGUCACCAUGAAUAAAAGAAUCCUUACACUAAAAGCAUGCUUUCAAUUGAAGAAACACAGUUCCCUGCCAUCAAUGACAGUAAAACGAUGAGACGGUUACUAUUUUUCUGGUUCUUGUGAACUGUUAUUGGAUUCUUUUAGUCCAGCUAGAAGGAACCAGAUUCCCUCGUGGAUAUUUAUCACCUGUAACCUUUCAAGAUGUUUUAGUUGAAGUUUGUGGAAUUUCAACAUAGGGACCACCUUACAGGGACCCACAAACUCAACUGAAGAUAUCGCACAUUGUCUAUUAGGACGUUGAAAUAUAUGUAACACAAUCAGCUAAACACAAAGUGCUCAGAAGCUCUUCUCCCUCCUGGUUGCUGCCAUUAAGCCAGGACAUUCGGGAGAGAGUCAGUGGGUGAGGCAAGACCACCGAAGGAAGCACCAGCAGUGAUGUUCCAGGUGGAUAACUUAAUUGUUAGAACUUGAAGAUGUCAGAGAGGUAAAUUGUUUUGUAGCUGGAGGUAAGGAGAGAAUAGAACAAAGAGGGAAGGUCAGUGAUUAGGAUGAUGGAGGGAAUAAACGAGUUAAGUGACAAUAAUGCAAGGAAAAGGGAAUGGUAUUAGGUCAGGAAUAAACUAAACUUGAAAGUAGUGGAGGUGUAUAUUGCGACAGUAAUUAUAUGUUCAUUCCCAUAAGAUAUAGGAGUGUUGUAGGAUUUGAUUGUAUUGAAGUCAUUGUUGAGUUCAGAGGAUGUAAAGUGAUGUUAUUUUGUGAUCUAAGUAUAGGAUAGGCCAGAAGUGCAAAAUUUGAAGUUAAUGGCCACUGGUAUCCAGGCUUCAUGCUGUUCAAAGACACUUAUUUGUUCUGCUUUAAAUUCGCAGAGCCUGGAAGGUUUGGGAGGGAUGCUCUUGCAGCUGUUCCCUCUGUGAUUGAAAAAUCAGAACGUUUGUAUCUUUGCAACAUGAUUAAGCUGCUUGAGAAAUAAUGGUAGCUGACGUGUGAGGCUCCGCAAUAUGGGCCCAAAAUGUUGGUGCCCUCCUCUCUUCUCCAGGGAGUGAUAUAACCUUUACAGUUUGGUCGAGUAAUGAUGUUCAGUGCUUUAAUGUCUGGUGUAUUUUUUUUAAUACAGUUCUAUUUCUGAUUUCUA